AUGGCGCUCGCUGGUAAGGUCGAAAUGCUCUCCCAGCUGUAUUUUAUUGUGACCUUCUUACUUGUAGCUGUCUCCAUCGGAAACCUGAUCGUUGUUCUCGCUGGUCCUAUCGAGCACCGCCAACUCUUCCUGGUAUUCCAACGAUGCAUCCACUCCACUCUCUCAACCCGCAUCAUCCUCAAAAUGCGCGAAAUGGCAGCCCGAGAUCUGGAGGUUAACAGCCGCUUGCACGUGGACGGAGUCUCACUCACGUCUGCUGGACUCUCGCAGUUGCAGUUUAGCGAUCGCGACGAAGGUCAGAGCCCCAAGUUCACGCGGGUGCAACACGAGUUUAUUGCAGAGGGACCGGAUGUGAGGAGUAUGGUUAGUGUCUACUCUCUUCUUGAGCGUUGGCGCGCGACAUAG